AUGUCGACUACCACCGCAACAGAUGAUGGUAACAACAUUAACACUGACGGUACAGUACAAAUGGUAAAGCCACAAACAUUACAUUCUCACGAAUUAUUUCUUGUAAAACAUACGGUACCAUUAGCUGGUCAAAGUGAAUUAUUGCAAGGUCCAUUGAAUCAAUUCCCUCAAAAGACAAUUGUUUUACCACCGGAUAGUUUUAAUAAACAAAUGAUUGAAAAGGAUAAAGUACUGGAAUACCCAUUAUCUCAACGAGAUCCCGUUGGUGAACGGAAAAUAUCGGUGUUUGGUCAAUUAUUAAAUGGUUCAAAGUACCUAUUUAAUACUUUCAGCCUGUCGAGAAUUGGUCAAACUCAUUUAUUGUUAGUUAAAGAUUUAAUGCAAGCUUUACAAUAUGAAUUGAGUAUGCCAGAUUUUCUAAUGCAAUACGACAUGUUGUUAACUCAUAUUCCUACCGUUGAAGAUAUCAAAUUCUUAACAGAUUAUAAAAUUAUACAAGGAAACCCUAGAGCUAUCGAAGAAAGAGAAAGUUAUAAAUUUAUUACAUGUAAAACUGCAUUCGUCAUAUUUGGUGCAUCAAUUGUGGCGUCUGGUCAUCGAUUAGCGGAUGAUUAUUGGGAAACUAUUGGGAAACAACAAGGUUUCACUCAACAUCAUAGAGUACACAAAUUACCACAACGACUGAUUAAGUUAGUGUAUCGAUUAAAACCAUCAUUGAAUGAUUCAAUGAUUUCCAGGAUUGAAAAGGAAGAUCAUAUUAUUCCUACAAAGGAAGAGAUGGAAUUAUCAAAGGAACCUAUAUCACUUGUGUCGCCAUAUCCAACAGUGACAGAACAACCAUCUAAGGAAAUUAAAGAUGAAUAUUUACUACAGUUUAGUAAAGGUGAACACAUCAUGACUGUGAUGCCAGGUCAAAGUAUUAAUGAUGCAAUGGAAUUAACUGCACAAUUUAAAGUACCUAAAUACCAUAGUAAAAAUUCUUUCUUACAAGCUACUCAAUCUAAAUCGUUAGAUAUCCCUAUUGGCAUAUCAUUGGAAGAGAUAAAUAACAGCAAUAAUUUGGACGCAAGUAUGGGUUUAAUGUCAUCGAUGACUAGUUUUUCGAAUUCGGUCAAAGGUGCUGCGGCAGGUAGAGCCAAUAGCAAUAUUAAUUUGAAUAAUAUUAAUAGUUACUCUGAUAAUAUCGAAUCCGAAACCACUACUGCUGCAGCAAGUCCUAAUUUUAUGUCAUCGAAACCAAUGAGCAGGAUGUUAAGUAACAUUUUGGAUAAUAGAUCUAAGAAAAAUGACGAUAAUAGUGAAUCCCCAGCAACACCGACAACUACAACAACACAUUCAAAAACAAACUCGAUUUUAAAUAUUAAUGGUUGGAAGUUUGAAACUUUACCAAUUAGGGAAAAUGCAAUACAAAUGAUGAAUGCUGUUGAUGAUACACAUACUUAUAGAGGGUUACCAAUUUAUCAAAGAGAUAGUCUGUUAGUGAAAUUAAAUACUUUGACCCCAAAUCAAAUUAAGGAAGUGGAAUAUUUGCAUGAUUCAUUAUUUUUCAACACUGGUAUUCAAAGAAUGCGUGCUAUGAGAAAGAAGAAAUGGGGGAAAUAUUGGCAAUAUAAAACUGGUAUACCAAUUGGAUUAAAAGCUAAUCAAGUUAAACAAUUACAAACUAAAACUUUGAGUGAUAUGCUGGCCGUCACAGAUACUCAGGAAAUUUUCAAUGAAGAGACCAAUACAGAUGAAUUCCAUACAACAAGGAGAGUACCUAAUGGGAAUUUCCUUGGAUUUGCAAAUAUUAAGACAAGGAAACCACCUUAUGCUAACAUUCCACCUGAAGUGUUAGAACAAAUGAGAGUUAAUGGUAAUGUUGGCCAGCACGUUGUCCAGACUAAUACGAUUGCAGAUAAUGAUGUAUUGAAUGAUAAGAGAAACGAUAUGGAACAAGCCAUCAAGAAUGAAAAAAAGUCAUAUAAGUAA